AUGGAGGCCGAGGGAGGAGGAAAAGCCGCCGUCGGUUGCCUUUACUUGGUAGAUACGUUAGUAGGAGAUCCAGAGGUUCUGCAAGUAGAUGCUGAAAAAUACUAUGAAAAACUCUUGAAGACAUCAUCAUCCACUCCUGAUGUUUUUUCGAUCCCUGGACGAGAAGAGGUUAAACUUGAAGAUUCCUGUGUGUGUUUUGUCCCUCUCUACCGAAAUAAUCCUACUUCCAAAAUGUUGCUGUUAACUGAUCCAAAGGAUAAAGAGACAGUUUUGGCAGUUUAUUUGAACCAGUGUUGGUGGCCUGUUGAAGAUGUAGUAAAGACAGCUGAUCCUUCUAGAGAUGGGCUGAUUUCGGUCCAGACAUUUGGAGAAAGGAUUGUCCUCUUUGUUCUAAACUACAUUAUUUUUGGAAUGCUGGAAGAGAGUUCAGCUAAUGAUGCAUUCUUUCUACCUCACUCUGCCACUGAGUGUGCCAAGAUACUCUGGAGAAAUGGGGAGGCUGUUGCUUUUUACUCGGUCAAGAUGAAAGGGAGCCUGUGUGAUGGUACAACCAGUCAGUGUUACUUGCUGCCAGUUCUGGAUACUAUAUUUGUUCGCAGAAAGUACAGAAGAGGUGGCCUAGGGAUGAAAAUGCUGCAUGAUUUCUGUCAGUCUUUCCUGGCUGAGGAUGCCUUGGGGAUCAGCUGCCCUAUUUCUGCUGCUAUGUAUCAAGUUUGCCAGAAAUUCCUGCAGACUUAUCCUGAGGAGCAGAAGCGACUGUGGGAGGUGGAAGCACCAGGAGAUUGGAGCCAACGAGUGAAUAUCUGGUUAAAAAUUCAAAUGGAGUCAUCCCCUACUGGAAAGGCUGAAGUGGAUUUUCAAACCAGUAAACCCAGACAAUCAGAUGCAGAUCAAAGGAGUAAGGCUGUUGAAUACAUUCCUGGUGUUGGGAAAGUGGCAAGAGUUGCCACAGAAAAAAACAAUGACACAGCAGCAGCAGGGACUCUGAACUCAGAGGAUUCUGAAGAGAAGGACUUGGAGCAAGGUGCAGGCAAUACUCAGCAAUGCAAAGCAGUCAGAAAAAGAACAGGCCCUGGGGGCUCAGCUGGAGAAACGGCUGCCAAACAAUUUAGAAUUAUUCCAUAA